GGACUAAUCAGGAUCCUGACGUGCCUUUGGAACUGCCCACUGCCUUCCUCAGAGCUGGAGCUACUUCUGUGAUGAUACAGAUUAAACCAGUUCCCGUGCAGGCCUCGCUCACUUUCUAUCAUCACUUCUACAUUGCUCUGUGGAGUGGCUCUUACAUCAGUAGUGCCAUGGAAUAUGCAAAGUACCAGAUGCAGAAUGACACCAGAUUCGGGAGGUAUUGGUGUAAUUUUGUGUUGCUUGGAUUGGACACGUUUGUCAAUCUGUUGGAUGUUAAACAUGAUGUGCUGCACCAGAACAUGGAGAAUGCUGAGGAAGAGGUGGCUCAAAGCAGCAAGCAGGACUGGCUGAAUCCUGCAACAUACACCCCUCCAGAUCAAGAAGCCCUGCUGUUAGAGAUGCAGAAAAGUCUUGAGGAACUCAUUGUAAAUCAAGGUUCCAUGUCAUCAGUGUUGAAGCUACUCCAUCUGCUAAUGACAGAAGCAAUUAAGCGACUGUCUCCCACAAACAGAGACAAUGUCACCGUGAAGUUGACUGCGAAUAUCAUUGGAAUCCCGGGAGUAUCGUCCAUGCUAAAUUUACUGGGAUUUCGCUUUCAGUACCUGGCACCAGAACCAUCCAAAAUGGGAGACAGAACCUCCUUAAUGACAUGUGAACAAGCAGGAAUGGGCGAUGUUUCGAGUCUGUCUACAGUCCCCAUUUCCCAUGCUCACCCUGUGGCUGUAAUCUUCCCUUACUGGAAUCCAGAUAGGCUGCUUGGUAUAGCACAACAAGCCAUCGCUGCUCUGAUUGAUCUCAGUGCCUGCUCUCAGUGUGUGAAUGCCUUGAUCUGGAUUCUGCCACUGACCUGUGAACGACUGGAACAGCUGAUCAAUUUGCUGGAAAAGUGCCGGUCACCACCCACAGUGUGCCCUAAACUGUUGGAGAAAGAGGUGGCAAGCCUAUGGAGCCAGCCCCAUUUCCGAGACUUCCUUCAGGUUAUUGGAUACGAGCAAGCUGGACGCUAUCUGUUCCACAACCCCAGGGACCUCAACAAGUCACUGCUGCUCGGGAGUCUCAACCUCUUCUUAGCUCUACGUCCACAGCAAUUACAGAGUCUGUCCAAACCAGACCCUCAGCAACACUCCUCAGAAAGUUUGAGAGAACAGCAAUCCAGAGAAGUUCAUCAGGAAGCAGUGACACACAGAGAGAACCAAUCCAGAGAGGGCCAAUUGGAAACAGUGACACAGAGAGAGAAACAAUCCAGAGAGAGUCAACAGGAAACAGUGACGCAGAGAGAGAAACAAUCCAGAGAAGUUCAUCAGGAAGCAGUGACACAGAGAGAGAAACAAUCCAGAGAGAGUCAACUGGAAACAGUGACACAGAGAGAGACACAAUCCAGAGAGAGUCAUCAGGAAGGUUCAGUACAUACCGGGGGAGAUAAGAAAACCAGGCAGGCCUCUCAGCAAAGUUUACUAGCUACCAGGAGAGACAAAAAAAAUAAACGUAUCUCUCAGGAAAGUUCAACAGAUACCAGGAGAGACAAAAAAACCAAACAGAUCUCUCAGGAAAAUGUAAUACACACCAGCAGAGAUAAGAAAACCAGACAGGGCUCCCUGGAAAGUUCAAUAGAUACCAGGAGAGACAAGAAAACCAGAGACAGCUCUCAGGAAAGUUCAGUAGAUACUGGGAGAGUGAAGAAAACCAGAGACAGCUCUCAGGAAAGUUUAAUAGAUACCGGGAGAGACAAGAAAACCAGAGACGGCUCUCAGGAAAGUUUAAUAGAUACCGGGAGGGACAAGAAAACCAGAGACAGCUCUCAGGAAAGUUUAAUAGAUACCAGGAGAGUGAAGAAAACCAGAGACAACUCUCAGGAAAGUUUAAUAGAUACUGGGAGAGACAAGAAAACCAGAGACGGCUCUCAGGAAAGUUUAAUAGAUACUGGGAGAGACAAGAAAACCAGAGACGGCUCUCAGGAAAGUUUAAUAGAUACCGGGAGAGACAAGAAAACCAGAGAAGACUCUCAGGAAAGUUUAAUAGAUACUGGGAGAGUGAAGAAAACCAGAGACGGCUCUCCGAAGGCCACAUCAGCAAAAAGCAAGAAAAACAGACAGGGGCAUCCUGAAACUACAGCAACAAGAAAUAAGAGAACCAAACAUGGUUUACAGGAAGCCUCAGAGCUGAGCAAUAAACAAUCUGAUCAGGAAACUCAGCAAACUGCAAAGGGCGCCACAUAUCCACAUGAAAAGUCAAAAGUCUAUCUAAACACUCUGAAGCCAUUGUUGGUGCUGAGACACCAGCUCAUGAUGCAGGCUCCAUGGCUCACUGUCAAGCCGACCUCCGAGGAGGUGCGGGUUAAGCAUGACCUGGUAAAUCGAUUGGACUCCCUACAUUCUCAGCAGCAAGCUCAACUGCACCGUGUGAGGAUGUGGCACAAGAAAGCUCUGACAGAGCUGGAAAAUAAACCAGAGAAGCAAGGUGUCAAGAGACAAGUAAAGGACUGCUGUCCAAAGAAAGUCAAGGUGAAGGAGCCCAGGAGUCCUAGUACCGCCCAGAUCCCCUUUGACAUGUCUACAGCAACAUCACAGAAUGUGGCACUGCGUCCGUCUGCACAUGACAUCAUCAAGGAGCAAGAGGAGAACGUCCGACAUCGGCACCGAGCUGCAGUCAAAGACAUUUUCCUACCUUUCAUUGAGCCUUUACCUUGACACUGCA